AUGUCGGCCACGAACAUGCCGAUUCAGCUCUCCGUUCAGACGGGAGCCGAUCUCAACAAGCAUCAACCCUCGUCCGCAUCUCAGCCAACACCUCCAAUCACCCCGAUUGGCAAUGCCCCAUCAAUAAACAACACUCCUAACUACGCUAUUUCCCCUGUGUCAUUACCUAGAUCACACCUCAAGGGCACUUUACCAGACCUGCAGACGGUAACCUCACCGCGCAAGUUCACAGAUGAACUCGAGUUCCACUACAACCACAAGGGCCGCAAGGUCGAGUUCGGCCGCGGUGUCUGGAGCGUUGUCUAUAUGGCAUCCUCGCGCGCACUCGCCACUCCCUCCUCCGCCAUGAGCCCUCCCAGUUCGCCUGCUUCGAGAAGCCGUGUGGUCGCUGUCAAGACCCCCGUGCGCCGCGACGCUCACCCGGUCUUGGAUGCCGAAGCUCUGGUGCUGACCCGUCUCAGCAUGGUCUCCGGCUUCGAAGAUCAUAUUGUGCCCUUCCACGGCUUUAUUGCCGACAGCCACUCCAUCGUCAUGUCCGCCGUGCCGCUCGCACUCUCUACCUAUAUCGAGGAGAAGGCUGGCGCCGCCAGACAGCACAUGUCCACUCGCACCAUGUUCGAUCCUGUUCAAGGCAUGCCCGAGUGGCAUGGGUUGGCGAAGAAACUCGUCGCAGGUCUUGCAUGGCUUCAUACCAGCGCGCAGAUAGUCCACGGUGACAUCAAACCACACAACCUACUCUUGCGACCCCGUUCCGCUGGCAAUAACACCGCGUCCGACGACUUCCCCUUCGAAGCGCUCUUCGCGGAUUUCUCCUCGGCCCAUCCCAUCGCUGAUGGCUCCUCUUCCCCAACCAAGGAUUGUCAGGGCACCGCCCUGACGGCCCUCACGCCUCCCUUCGCCGCUCCUGAACUCCUCUGCGUCUCCUCGCUGACCUCCCCGGACGCCGUUCCCACUCCAGCCUCGGACGUCUUCUCUCUUGCCGUGACCCUCCUCGCCGCUGCGACAGGCGAUCUGCUCCUCUACCCCGGCACGAGCAGCAUGCAGCGUCUCGCAAUGGCGCGCGAAGGUCAUCGCGUGCUCGACUUUGCGCGUUCCGGCGAAAGCGGCUGCCGCAUACCACGCAACGGCAUUGUCGAGCAGAUCGUCAAGCCGGCCAUUCUCAAGGACCCAUCGCAGCGCAUCCACCCUACUGAAUGGUCGGACCUGGUUAGCAAGAUCAUGGUCUAA